GCAAUGGACAACGUCAUCUCAGGGCGCCGGAAGGCACGCGCACUUGGGCAGCUCUUCAAGCUGAGCUGAGCUGGCUGGUCGACUCGCUCGGGAUCCUGUGUUGACUUGUCAAGCGCUUUUGGAUGUUUUGGUAAUAGAGGAAAGACACGUAUUUACGCCUCCCAGAGAUUUUUCCCUCUGAAUUGCGUUUUUAAGAUCUCAACCGACGACAUGGAUUCCGCCAAUCAAGACAUCAAUCUGAACUCUCCGCAUAAAGGCCUGGGCUCUGACUCUCUCUCAGACGUGCCUGAAGGGACUGGGGCGGCCGCUGUGAGUCCUGGGACUCUCCCUCUGGGUCUGACAGAGGAGGAGGCCGAAGAACUGAGACUGGAGCUCACAAAGGUUGAGGAGGAGAUCCAAACCUUGCGGCAGGUGCUGUCGGCUAAAGAGCACCACGCGUCGGAGCUGAAGCGUAAACUGGGCCUGAGCCCCCUGACUGAGUUCAAACAGAACAUCACCAAAAGCUGGCAGGACGUCCAGACCUCAAACGCAUAUCUUUCAGCUUCUGCCACUCUGGAUGACAUUGCCAGCUCUGAAGUGUAUAAAAAGACUCAGGAAACACUGUCUCAGGCUGGACAGAAGACCUCAGCUGCCCUCUCCACUGUUGGCACGGCCAUCAGCAGGAAACUGGGUGACAUGAGAGCUCUUCCGUUCUCUAACUCCUUUGGUAGCAACUACUCCAUUCGCCAAUCAAUAAGUAUGCCAGCUAUGAGGAACUCUCCAACCUUCAAAUCAUUUGAGGACAAAGUAGGAAACAUCAAGUACAAGGUGGUUGGAGGCAAAGCCAAUGGUGAAAGUGCUCACUCUCCGAACGAGUCAAACCCGGUGCAGGACAACGCUCCGUUCUGAGAUUAAUCACUCAUCUCAUUCUUUGUGAAUCCUAACUACACCCACACUUCCGUUCUCCCAGUUCUCUCUGAAUUCUUUCAUCCCUCCUUCCUCUGUCUCCUUUGAUACCCCUCCAUCUACUGCUAGCAUGUGCUUGCUCAUCUCACUGAAAACACAUAUGUAGUACAGAUACUGUGACAUGAAAUCAUCACAGGUUGUACAAAAGAAGACAAAUGAUUAAUCAUUUUGUAUUACAAACUAUUUUACACUGCUUUGCAUAAUGUUUUUACAUAACUUUUAUCUAUAUAUGACUAUAAAGGAAUACAAAUAACUAUAUUUAAACAAAACUGCCAAGCAGCAUUCAUCAGGCGGCAGAGGGGUACAAAAUACACAAAGAAGAAACAUUUAAAUCUCAAGGGGGGAGGAUUUUAGACCGAUAAAGAAAAGAAACUUGCUGCUGAUCAUUCAGUUGAGUUGUUUUUUUACUCUCAGUACAAUGUGAAGCGAUGCUUUGCUGUACACCUGGUGAAUGUCUGACCUUCUCAGUCGGCCUUACACUCGCACUCUCUAUUGCUUUAUUGGUCUGUUACUGGUAAAAAAAAUACAUGUUACACAAAGUUGUUUUUGCUUUUUCUUGCUCAUUCAGUUUUUUCUUCUUCUUUUCAAUGAUGGGAAUGUUUUAUUUAUGCUGUUGACAUCGGAAAUCGCUCUUGUCUUUGCUUUGUGCCAUGCUGUGUGUGCCAGUUAGUAGAUGCCAUAGACCUUUUGUUGUCCGAAUGUUACACACACACAAACUAUCACAUCACAAAGAUCACUGUUCACAAUUUUAUGAAGCAAAAAUGCAGUUAUUUUCAUGUGCACUAAUCCAAAAUUUGAAUUUCUUUUGUUUGUGGCAUUUGUUGAUUUUUCCCAACAGACGUGAACACUAGUGUUGUCUGUAUGGCAAAACAGUAAUUUUUACCUGAAAGUUAUUGGAGUAUAUUUCAUUAUUAGCAAGUGUAAUCUCUUAUUUUUCCUUUAUUUUUAUCUGUUCUAUCCUGAUAUUUCAUUCACUUAUAUGGGUGUCAUUAGGUGGCCUUGUUUCAGUAUAUUACACACAAGUACAUGCCUCAUUGGGUGAAAUGCAAGGGAUUACAUACAUUUGACACAGGUGCAGAUGAUGAGACGCCAACAUCACGUGAUUUUCCACUGGGAUCCACGCGUGGUGCCAUAGAAUUGGUUGGAUACACCUGUAGUUCUGCAAACGGUGAAAAAAUGUUGAACAUGAGAGGGAAAGGACUUCUUUUUUUUAUUAUUUUGAGUAGCUAUUUUCGGGAGUUUGUUUUUGUUUAGGUGACAGGCACAAUAUAGCUUUAAAUUAGAGAUCUCAGCCUAGCUAUUCAAAUUUAAAGGUUCAGAUCGUUUUCUUUUAGAACAGUAGUGGUGUAAUGCUUCGUUUGUUUUUGUCAGCUGUCUGUAUAUCAAUAAAGCAUUCGUUCAAAUGG